GCUCAAAAGGGGAAGAAAGAUUGAAAAGAACGUAGCAAUUGGAGAGAAGAUUCUGGAAAUUGAAUUGAAAGGAAGAGGAGAAUUCACCAUUUCACUCAUGGAGGAAGUGACUAGAUCCGUGUUAGCGGAGGAGAUUCUGAAGCGUUUAGAUCUGGAGAAUCUCUGUUCCGUCGCCUGCGUUUCCACCACCCUCCGCUCCGCCGUUGUCUCCGGCGUCCUCCCUUCUCUUACCUCUCUCGAUCUCUCUGUUUUCUCUCCGGACGAAGAGACUCUGAAUCACGUGAUGCGUGGUUGUAUCGGGCUUAGUAGCUUAACUCUGAAUUGUCUCCGCCUUAACGCUGCUUCUGUGCGUGGGGUUCUUGGCCCACAUCUCCAGGAACUUCACUUGCUCAGGUGUUCACUUCUAUCCUCCACCGUCCUCACUUCCAUUGGCAGCCUCUGCCCAAAUCUCCGGGUUCUUACCCUGGAAAUGGCAGACUUGGAUUCUCCCGCUGUGUUUCAGUCUAACUUGACGCAGAUGCUUAACGGGUGUCCUUAUCUGGAGUCUCUGCAACUUAAUAUCCGAGGUAUCCUAGUAGAUGCCACAGCUUUCCAGUCUGUUAGAUUCUCCUUGCCAGAAACUCUCAAAGUUCUAAGGUUACAACCACUGCUUGAGUCUGAGGCCAUUCUUCUCAUGAACAGAUUCAAAGUCACUGGAACUUGUUUAUCUCAGGCUAAUUAUAGUGCCUUGCUUUCUUCUUCACCCUCUUUUACUUUGCAAAGCCUGUCUCUUGUGCUGGACUUGAUAUCUGACAAGCUAAUCAUAGCUAUCACAGGAUCUCUUCCUCAACUUGUCAACCUGGACCUUGAAGACCGUCCUGAAAAAGAGCCAUUUCCUGACAGUGACUUGACUUACACUGGGCUUCAGGCUCUGGGUUAUUGCCAACAACUCACAAGCCUCUCUCUGGUUCGAACUUGUUAUAACCGCAAGAUAUCGUUUAAGAGGAUAAACGAUAUGGGUAUAUUUCUUCUUUCCGAGGCUUGCAGGGGUUUAGAGUCAGUGAGACUUGGUGGGUUCCCAAAAGUCAGCGACGCUGGUUUUGCAUCGCUCCUUCAUUCAUGUCGGAACUUGAAAAAGUUUGAAGUACGAGGUGCCUUCCUGUUGUCUGAUUUGGCAUUCCAUGAUGUCACAGGGUCUUCCUGUUCUCUUCAAGAGGUCAGACUCUCGACGUGCCCUCUCAUAACCAGCGAAGCCGUGAAGAAACUGGGGUUGUGUGGCAAUCUUGAGGUGCUCGACUUGGGAAGCUGCAAAAGUAUAUCAGAUUCUUGCCUCAACUCUGUUUCAGCCCUCAGAAAGUUAACUUCACUGAAUCUCGCAGGAGCUGAUGUAACCGACAGUGGCAUGCUUGCACUUGGUAAGUCAGAUGUUCCCAUCACGCAACUGUCUCUCCGCGGCUGUAAGAGAGUCAGUGACAGGGGAAUAUCCCAUCUGUUGAACAGUGAAGGAACCAUCAGCAAAACAUUAUCAACACUUGAUCUUGGUCACAUGCCAGGAAUCUCAGACAGAGCCAUCUAUACAAUCACACGUUAUUGCAAGGCUUUAACAGAGCUAAGUAUCAGAAGUUGCUUUCACGUAACAGAUUCUUCGGUAGAGUCGCUGGCUACAAGGGAAAGACAAGCAGAGGGAGGAAGCAAACAAUUGAGGAAGCUCAAUGUCCAUAACUGUGUGAGCUUAACGAGUGGAGCACUGAGAUGGCUCAGCAAGCCGUCUUUCGCGGGUCUGCAUUGGCUCGGAUUGGGACAAACACGAAUGGCUGGUCGAAAAGAGGCGGUCACAGCUACAAUUUGUGGGCAGAGGCCGUGGCUCACAUUGUGCUUCGACGGGUGUGAGCUUGGAUGCUAUGAUGGUUGGGAAUUCCACACGCCACAACGCCAUUGAAGUAUUCGUCGUCUCACUAGUUCAUGUAUUGUAUAAAGUCGUUAAGAAACAUGAUUCAGUAGGUUGUGUAAUUUAUUUGAAUUUUUUCAAAAUUUGAUUGUAAUUUGUUAAAUAGUUAAUGUUAUUUAUCCCCGCUUUACUCAUAAA